AUGCGCGAGGUGUACGUGCUGUUGACGAAUAACUACGUGGAGGACGAUGACAACAUGUUCCGAUUCGACUACUCGCAGGAGUUCCUGCGCUGGGCGCUUAAACCCCCGGGAUUCUACAAGUCGUGGCAUGUCGGUGUGCGCGCGCGCCAGUCGCGCAAGCUCGUCGCGUUCAUCACGGGGGUUCCCGCCACGGUGCGUCUCCGCGACAAGCUGGUCCGCCUGGCGGAGAUCAACUUCCUCUGCGUGCACAAGAAGCUGCGCUCGAAGCGCCUCGCGCCUGUGCUGAUUAAAGAGGUAACUCGGCGCGUGCACCUGCAAGGGAUCUGGCAGGCCGUCUACACCGCAGGAGUGGUCCUGCCCACGCCGGUUACCACCGCGCAGUACUGGCACCGAUCGCUAAACCCGAAGAAGUUAAUCGACGUAGGGUUCUCGCGCCUCGCGCCGCGAAUGACCAUGUCGCGGACCAUCAAGCUGUACCGGCUGCCGGACCAAACCGCGACGCCCGGGCUGCGCGCCAUGGAGCGGCGCGACGUGCCGGCCGUGUGCCGGCUGCUGAAAUCGUACCUCGCGCAGUUCGUAAUCGCGCCCGAGCUGAGCGAAGCCGAGAUAGAGCACCUGCUGCUGCCGAUUAAAGACGUAAUCGACUCGUUCGUGGUGGAGGACCCUAAGACGCACGAGCUGACGGAUCUCGUCUCCUUCUACACGCUCCCGUCGACGAUCAUCGGGAACGAGAGCUACAGCAACCUGAAGGCGGCGUACUCAUUCUACAACGUGGCGACGGCGACGCCGCUGCUGCAGCUGAUGAACGACGCGCUCAUCCUGGCGCGGCGGCGCGAGUACGACGUGUUCAACGCGCUCGACAUCAUGGAGAACGCCGCCUUCCUCAAGACGCUCAAGUUCGGCCCCGGGGACGGGCACCUGCACUACUACCUCUACAAUUACCGCAUGCACGGCCCGUUUCAACCUGCGAAUCUCGGCCUCGUGCUGCUCUAA